GUCAUGAGAGACUCCACUUCAUCGGGAAGGAUGAUCAAAUGGGCCAUGAUGCUUACCCAAUUCAACAUUGAAUAUCGUCCGAGGACGGCGAUAAAGGGACAGGCUGUGGCUGACUUUCUUGUGGAGAUGACGGGUCACCAGGAGGAGGAACCAGCAAGGACGAUCACAGAGCCUUGGUGGUCCAUGUCAGUAGAUGGAGCCGCUGGACCGAAAGGUUACGGUGGAGGUGUGGUAUUCACAACUCCGGAAGGGUUCAAGGUAUAUCAUGCCUUGAUCUUUAACUUCGAACUCACAAAUAAUGAGACGGAGUAUGAGGCAUUGAUAGGGGGCCUGAGAUUGGCCAAAACCCUACAAAUCACAUGCCUCAGGAUCAAGUCUGAUUCAAGCUUGGUGGUAGGCCACAUCAAUGGCAACAUGGAGGCCAAAGGAGAGAAGAUGCAGAAGUACAGAGACUUGGCAAGGACAUUAUUGAAGGAUCUGACUGAGUAUGUGAUGGAGCAAAUCCCAAGGGGGGAAAACACGGAUGCUGACUUGCUAUCAAAAUUGACGCAAGCAGCCCCGGAGCAUGUGUCCAAGUUGGCCAGGAUUGAGACGCUGGAAAAGGCUAACAUUGAAAGGCUUUCUGUGAGCCUGAUAGAGGAGGAUGGACAGCCCAAUCUAACCCUGGUGGAACCUGAUGAUAUUUGGCUGGAUGACUUGGUCAAGUAUUACAUGACCGGGCAAUUCCCUGAGGAUGAGGAUAGGGUAAGAAAAGUAAAGUUGAGGGCUCCAAGAUUCCAAAUGCUUGAUGGAAGGCUAUACAAAAGGGCAUUGGGCGGUCCGCUGCUGAGAUGCUUGACCAGGGCGGAGGCGGAAAGAGUGAUCGCCGAAGUUCAUGAGGGUGUCUGUGCAGCCCACCAAAUGUCCAGGACACUCGCACAAAGGAUCAUCUUGCUAGGUUAUUUCUGGCCUACAAUGAACCAAGA